CGCGCAUAGAGUCAUAAUGCGCCCAGCAAGCAUUUCUUUUUCUGUGCAUUUUCAGAGAAAGUCCGAAUCAUAAAACCCUUGACAGAUCCUCAUUUUGCUACCUCAUUUAUCUGCUUCCAUCUCUUCCUAGACAUAUACCCAAAGCUUCCUUACUCGCAGCAAAACCAAAGCUAUCUAAUGCCAACACCGUCUGCCACCCAUGCCAUCCACAUUCCGGAGGUUGAUCCCUGGAAGCUACAGGGCAUCGCCGCCUCCCAUGACGAGAUCGCACCGAGAUCUGAGAUGAGCUACGCCGCUACCGAAGGCUCCUCGGUGUCGUCUUCAUACGAUCACUCGUAUUUGGCCUCCCUCACCCCGUCUAUCUCGCGCCUGUCAUUAUCCUCCGUGCUGGACAACGAAAAUACCAAUCUUGAGACCAAAAUCCCCUUUCUCCAGGCAGCCGCUGAGCCCUCCACAUUUUUCGGCCAGGCGCAACUGCACCAAAAUGCAUCGUGGAUAAAGUACCAGCCCAUUUUGCCAGACGCUGGCUAUAUGCUCCGUCCGGCACGCCAGGCAUCAAAUACCAGCUUCCUCAAGGCUAACUCUACCUUUAUGGGCUCACAGCAGUCUCGCCAAUCUGCCUACGAAGUUUCGGUCCUGUUCAAACAGGUGGAUCUCUCGCAAAACUGUUUGUCCGGAUAUCUCUCUAUUUCGGGCUUGACCGAAGGGUACCCUGAGAUCAUAACCUACUUUGAAGCAGAAAUCAUCGGAUGCCGCACCAACGAGAGAGAGGCGCCGGUUUCCUUUCUCACUAACAGGCACGAGGAGUGGGGCUCCUCCGACCGAGUGGACAUCCAACACUGGUUGAAGUUCCCGUCCUUUAUGAACUUGAUCCAGUCCCACUUUGACGUGGACAUUGACACCAGCGGAGAAUCCGUGACCCCCGAGAUGAUCACUCAGUUGGUUGAGAGGAUGUCUGCGGGAGAUAUCUUUGACGAAAAUAUCAUCUACAUGAGGUGGAAGGAGAAGUUCUUGGUACCGGAUGCCAAGAUUACCGAUAUUACGGGUGCUUCCUUCUCCGGCUUUUACUACGUUUGCUUUGACCAGAGAAACGGAAGUAUUUCUGGGUUGUACUUCCACAAGACUACCGAUAGCUUCCAGCAGUUGGAAUUGAGUCACAUUCCAGACAGGGGUGUAGGUGGCUCUUAUGUUAUCAUGUAAUUACUCUCUGGAUGGUUUGUCUCGGUUCAUUUUCAGUGGUUGCACUGACGGUUUUCUUUUCUUAAUAUUUGCUUGGUUACAGUCCGCGGUUGGACUUGUAUUUUCUGAUUUUCCCUACCCUGUAUGUACAUGUGUCUUUUCCCAGUGUUAUAAAUAAAACGAAAGUAUUGAUAUACAGUUAAUCACCGCUAAAGACUACAUGUAGCAGUUUCGUG